AACAACGCGCAUGACGCGGUGCGUGUGUGCGAUGUGAUGCAUUACUUACCAUGCUUACUCAAAUGUGACUUAUUGUGAUUGGUUGAAAGUUUGAUUUGGACAUGACCGGGUGACACACUAUCGGCGGGAUGGGGAUUGUCUGUGGCAAGAAAAAGAAGGAAGUGGACCCAACAUGUUCACUGUCUGCAGUGAGGCCAUUGGUGAAGGACCAAGAAAAUCCUUCUACCGCAUCAGCAGGGAUGGACAAAACAGAAGAAACGCCACCAGCAAAGAAAGAGGUUGAGAAAAAAGUGGAUGAAUCUUUGGACAAAGAUGAUGAACCCAUCACCGAAUCUCAGACUACGCCUGGGCCAGCACUUUCCCACGGGGCACAGUUGUCUAAACCUCAACCAGUAGAUGAAGGAGACGUCAAUAUGCAAGUGGUCGCCCAAUGCUGGCGGGAAAUAGACAGACAGUGCGAGGAGCACGUCGGCAAGAACUACCCAUCCAGCGGGCCCAACUUCUCCGGCUGGAGAGCUGUCCGCCUCUUCGUCUCGUCGACGUUUCAGGACUUUCAUAAUGAGCGGGAGAUCCUUGUGAAGAAGGUUUUUCCCGAGCUGCGUGAGUGGUGCGAAUCCCUCCAUCUCCACCUGUUGGAAUGCGACCUGAGGUGGGGCGUGCCCAAGGACGCCACCACCCGCACCGUCCUCACCACCUGCAUGGAGGAAAUCGACCGUUGCCACGGCGACGCGGACGGGCAAGGAUUCUUCCUCAAUAUGCUGGGAGAAAGAUACGGAUGGGUACCAGCCAAAGACAAUAUCCCCAAUGACAUAGCGGAGGAGUACCAGUGGGUACCAUUGAUCUCCGUCACCCAUAUGGAGAUUUUACUAGGAGCAUAUCGUUGCCGUAACCCGAAUGCUGCGUUCUUUCUGCGUGAUCAGUCUGGCUUUUCUGAAAUGAUUCCCGAAGAAAACAAGAAUCAGUUUGUGGAGCCCACUGAACUGGGCAAGAUUCAACUCAAGAAGUUAAAAGCGAAACUGCAACAGCGCUUUCCAGAACAGACUUUUCCUUAUUCCUGUGAGUUUGAUACUGCACAAGAUUCAAAGGUCAGGCUGAAAGGCUUGGAUGAUUUCGGAAGGCAAGUUCUGGAGUUUUUCAAGAAAGCCAUCGAGAGAAAAUUCCCUCCGAGUGACAAUGUCGCUCCCACUCCAGACAAAUUAGAACAAGAUCAACACGAUAUCUACAUGGAGCAGAAGGGCAAACUGGUCUUCGGCCGUGACAGCGAAAUCGGCAAGAUGACAGACUUUGCGAAAGGCCUUCACAAAGACGCUGAAGGCGAGGCAGGGAAACAACGCCACCACAUGAUGGUCGUAGCCGAUCCGGGCGAAGGCAAAUCCAGUCUCAUGGCACGAUUCGUUAUGGAGGUCAAAAAGGCCGGCUUGACAGUCUUCUACCACUUUGUUGGCUGCACGGCUGAAUCUAACAGACCCUCCAGCAUCCUUAAAAGACUAGUCGGCAAACUGGAAGAGCUGUAUCCAGACACAUGUGUCUACGCCCCAGAGACCGAUGGUGAGACCUCGGAAGGCAAGAAAACAGAGGAUGAACUGAAUGCCCUCAAGAUGGCUGCUUAUGUCAAGAAACUCGGAGAAACUGGGACCCAGUUCCUAAUUGUUGUCGAUGCUGUCAAUCAGACAUCGCAAGAAAACAACCGCUACUGCUGGCUCCCAGCUGCCUUAGCCGGUAACCUGCGGUGCGUGAUGAGCACCACCAGAGAGGCCCACACUGCCGAGGAGCUGGGAAAGCACUGUAGUCCGGCCGAGUUGACCCUCGAAGCCCUGGACGACAAAGCCAGAGAGGAGAUUGUCACAAACUACUUCAAGAGAUACAACAAGACCUUGGACCCGGAGCAGCUCGUCCUCCUGACGCACUCCGAGGGGGCCAGGAACGCCCUGUGGCUGUCCCUCAGCUGUGAGGAGCUGCGAGUCUAUGGCGUCUUUGAGAAGCUGACAGAUCGCAUCCGGGAACUGCCCGCCUCCUUGGAGGGGCUGAUCGAGAUCAUCUUGGCACGGUUGAUAAGUGAGGAUGAAACUGGGAUGGUUGAGAAGAUGCUGCACUACCUUCAGUGCGUCCCUGGCGGCCUGAACGAAACCGAGCUGCAAGCCCUCCUGGGAGAUAUAGAGGGCGACAAAUGCACGCCGGCGCCAGCGUUGCACUGGGCCGUGGUUCGACGCACCCUGAAGCCUUUCCUGAGGAACUCCGGUGCCUACGGUCAAGUGGAACGACUGCAGUUCUUCCAUCUGGCUCUAAACAAGGCUGUGCAAAAACGUCUCAUGGAGAAUGACGACCUGAGAAGAUUGCGGCACCGCCAGCUAGCCGACUACUACCAAUAUCACUGCCACGACCUGAUGGCCGUGACCAACCAGCUGGCUCGUCAGCUCGCACAGGCCAAGGAAGGCCAGCGAUUGGUCAAUUUCUUCCGCACGGACAAGCGCAGCACCAGCGUCAAUAAGAUUGAGAAAUCAAGACUGUUAAAGGAAUUCCGCUGCACCAACAUGACCAAGUCGGACUUUCCAGGCUGCACCAAGUUCGGCUUCUGCUCUUUCUGCAAGAACGCUCGCAGUAAGCUGGACCCCAACUCCUACUUUCAAAACAAGGACUGCUGUGCCAUAUGCGGAGACAGGGUACCAUUCCCAGGGCCCAAAUCUGCCAAAGCAUACUGGUGUCCGUUCCACAAACCCUCUUUUCCCUCCUUCGGAGCCAAGUACAACUGCUACGUCUGUCAGAAGUCCAUCAACCAGCCCGGUGAGCCGCCGCUGGCCUACAUCUGUCAGUUCUGCGAUCCCGGACACAUGGAGCGUUGCUGUAAACUGGCUCCGUAAGAAAAGGUUAUGAUGGACACAGACCGGCAGUGGUGCCUUUUUAAUGAUAGAGAUACAAAGUUGAGGGAAAGCGAAGAGCUGGGACAAUGGGUGUGUUCGUUUAGCUCACCCGGGUCGACAGGGGUAAAGGCAGACAGGUCAGCCACGACAGCCGGGAUAAUCGAACGCUCAACCGCGGGCCAUCACGAUCCUCACAUGACGCCCUUAGCCGUGGCCGUAGCCACUGACAAAACGCCUGUUUCGGAUUGGGUCUUAGUUUGAGACUUACUGCUUUUCAGUCAGUUGCAAAACUCAAAUAAGUUGGGCUGAAAUUCUCAAUGAACUCAAUACAUGAUUACCUUUAGACUUCAAAUAAAGUCAACUUUUAAGUCCACUUGAGAUUUCCGCUGUCCGGCCGCCAUAUUUGUCCGUUUCUAGGGAAUGAACAACGCAUGCGUGUGACGUACUUCCACCAGUGACUCUGCUCCACGAGCAGGGUCUGUGGUGGCUGACCCGGGUGAGCCCCGAGAAUGACGUCAGAGUUAAUCACACGGCACAGGGCUGACCCAUGUCGACCCGGGUGAGCUAAAGGAAGGCACCCAUUAUAGGAGUAAAGGGGCAACGCUGACACUCGUCUAAGGCAUAUUCCAUUUUUUGUAAGGACCAAAAAGACCUUAUACUCCAAUCUUUAAACUUAAAGGAGUUAAGGGGUUCCAUCUUUUGUAAGGACCAAAAAAGACCUAAUACUCAAGUCUUUUAAACUUUUCAGGCAAACCUCAGGUAGCAUAACAAUUUUGACUAGUUAAAUCAUCAAGUAUGAUUUUGCAAUAACUGAUAAUUUGUUAUUACUUUACAGUUUUGUAAUUAAAGUUCAUUUAGGCACAGUUGUUAAGUCAAACAUUUAAUGAAGGACACACUCACAUUUAUAAAGAGUUUUUUAGUUCUAUUUUGUUCUAGUUAGAUUAGUCUUGGAAAAGUGCACCUUAUUGAGUUAUCUUGCCCAGAACUUUAACUUUGGACAUUAAUUUUAGUGAUUUGUUGUACUUAACUCAACUUGAUGUUUAUGCAAAUGAAAUAGAAUUUACAAAUUUUAUUUUUUUAGCUCAUUCUAAAUGGUAUUUGUGGAACAUAGAUAUAUUUUGUAAAGAUUUUCAAAAAUAAUAGAGUUUUAAUAAUUUUGUAAUGUUUAACAGAUUUCAAUGAAAUCCAGAGCGAUUGUUUAUUACUUUGAUAUGUUAUAAUAUUGUGGACUUGAAACAAAAAAUGUGUAAAGUAUAAACAUUUCAAUUCAAAGAGGUCAUUAAAGUAAACUAAUUUUGAUAUUUAAAGGGAAUGUACAUCAUUGGCUUUUGCUGUAAUUUUCAGAAAUGAACUAUUUGAGGGGUUAGUAUAAUAGAUCAAAUAUUGUUACACUGACAUGUUUGAAGUUUUGUGUUCGAAAAUG